CAUCAACCGUUAUUUCGUUUGAAUCGAAGUCGUUUCUGAAUCCAUGCGACCCGUUUCUGAAUCCUGAUGAAGUGCACGCACACUGCAGCGCUCCGUGUAUAAGCUCGCCCGAAAGACCAUUUCGAACGAGCGAUCAGAUGCCGCCUCCACAAACCGCGACCCCUCUCGCCAUCCUCUCCCGCUUCCUCUCGUCGCCCUCGCCCCCGCCGCUGCCCGAGCUCCUCCGCGUCCACGCGCUCGCCGUCACCUCGGGCCUCUCCCCCCGCCCCGACGUCGCCGCCAAGCUCGUCUCCGCCUACUCCUCCGCGGGGCGCCCCGGGCUCGCCGCGCUCGCCUUUUCGGCCACCCUCCGCCCCGACGCGUUCCUCUGGAACUCUCUCAUCCGCGCCCACCACUGCGCCUCCGACUUCGCGGCCGCGCUCGCCGCGCACCGCCGCAUGCUCGCCUCGGGCGCGCGGCCCUCCCGCUUCACCACGCCGCUCGCCGCCUCCGCCGCCGCCGAGCUGGGCGCGCUCGGCGUCGGCGCCUCCGUGCACGCGUACUGCGUCAGGUGCGGCCUCCUCGUCGGCGAUGGCGGCUCCGUCGCCGUCGCGUCGUCGCUGGUGUACGUGUACGCCAGGUGCGGCGUCGUCGGCGACGCGGUGAAGGUGUUCGAGGAAAUGCCCGAGAGGGACGUCGUCGCGUGGACCGCGGUGGUAUCCGGGUGCGUGCGGAACGGGGAGUGCGCAGAGGGGUUGCGCUAUCUGGUGGAGAUGAUCAGGCUUGCGGGCGACGGCGGGGCGAGGCCAAACUCACGGACGAUGGAAAGUGGCUUGGAGGCGUGCGGGGUGCUAGGUGAGCUGAAUUCUGGUAGAUGCUUGCACGGGUAUGUAGUUAAGAUCGGGGUUGGUGAUUCCCCGUUGGUGGCUUCUGCACUUUUCUCUAUGUACUCGAAGUGUAACAGCACUGAGGAUGCGUACAUUUUGUUCUCGGAGUUACCAGAGAAAGACGUAGUUUCCUGGACAAGCUUGAUUGGAGCUUACUGUCGGAGAGGGCUUAUUACGGAGGCCAUAGAGUUGUUCCAGGAGAUGGAGGAGUCGGGUGUGCAGCCAGAUGAAGUUCUUGUUAGUUGUCUGCUUGCAGGGUUGGGUAACAUUGGAAAUGUGCGUGGAGGGAAGGCAUUUCAUGCGGUUAUAACAAAGAGAAACUUUGAAGAUAGCGUUUUGACUGGAAAUGCUUUGAUCUCAAUGUAUGGAAAAUUUGAAUUGGUGGAUGUUGCAGGCCGAGUUUUUAGAUCAUUGCAUCAACAAGACGUGGAAUCUUGGAACUUGAUGAUUGUAGGAUACUGCAAAGCUGGAUGGGAUGUUCAAUGCUUAGAGCUGUACCGUGAGCUGCAGUUCAGAGAUAAGGAUGAAUUCCUGUGUGACGCCAACAGCUUGGUUUCUGCAAUCUCUUCUUGCUCACGGCUAGCGGAACUAAGACUAGGUCGAUCAGCACACUGUUAUUCAAUUAAGCAUUUGCUUGAUGAUAAUUUAUCAGUGGCAAAUGUUUUAAUUGGCAUGUAUGGAAGGUGUGGAAAAUUUAAUAAUGCACGCAAAAUAUUUGACCUGGCCAAACUGAAGGGGGAUGUUGUCACGUGGAAUGCACUGAUUUCCAGCUAUGCUCAUCUGGGGCAUUCAAAUGCUGCAGUGUCACUGUAUGAUCAAAUGCUCACUGAAGGUUUGAAACCCAACUCAGCGACCUUGAUCACUGUCAUUUCAGCUUGUGCAAACUUGGUUGCAUUGGAACGUGGAGAACAGGUACAUUCUUAUGUGAAAGAAAUGGGAUGGGAGUCUGAUGUAUCAAUCAGUACAGCACUUGUUGACAUGUAUGCUAAAUGUGGGCAACUUGGAAUUGCAAGAAGGAUUUUUGAUUCUAUGCUUCAGCGUGAUGUUGUUGCUUGGAAUGUGAUGAUAUCAGGGUAUGGGAUGCAUGGGGAAGCAAAACAAGCAUUAGAAUUAUUUGGUGAGAUGGAGAGAGGAAGUGUUAAGCCUAAUGGUGUCACCUUUCUUGCCAUUCUAUCUGCUUGUUGCCAUUCAGGGUUUGUUGAGGAGGGCAGGAAGCUGUUCACUAGAAUGGGAAAGUACUCACUUGAGCCUAACCUGAAGCAUUAUGCCUGUAUGGUGGAUCUCUUAGGGAAAUCUGGGCAUCUCCAAGAAGCAGAAGAUAUGGUUUUGGCCAUGCCAGUGGAACCUGAUGGUGGGGUAUGGGGAACUUUGCUUAGUGCCUGCAAAGUGCAUGACAACUUUGAGAUGGGGUUAAGGAUUGCACAAAAGGCAUUUGCUUCUGACCCAGAAAAUGAUGGAUAUUACAUUUUGAUGUCUAAUUCUUAUGGCAGCGCUAAAAAAUGGGAUGAGAUAGAGAAACUAAGAGAGAUGAUGAAGAAUCAUGGAGUGGAAAAAGGUGUAGGAUGGAGUGCAGUUGAUAAUUGUGGGUGACUUAAACUGCAGCUAUGCUCUUUCCUUCCUCUCAAUUACUUAUUUCAUCCCUCAAAAGAUAGUGAUCUUAUAGAUAGAUAAAUGGUUAGAUACUAAAAGUUAAGGCCAUAAAAAUAUUGAUUGUGCUUCUUUUGGAGAAUACGCAAAUUGAUCCUUGUGCCAUCUGUAUCAUAGAAGUGGGAACUGUGCAGUUAAAGGUGUAUAUGUGUAGAUAACAGAUCCGUGCAUCAGACUGGCUGUACCAUGGCAGAUACAGAUCGUUGGCAGUAGGUUUCUGAAUGAUGAGACUGAAGCAGCACCACUGAUAGAUAUUAUUUGACCAUGAUCAUGGUGUCAGUGUCACUAAUGCAGUUUUCUAUAAAAGGUGCUGAGCUAGUAUUAUGUCGCUGCAAUUUUGCCAUGAUCAUGGUGUCAGUGUCACUAUUGCUGUUUUCAUAAGUACUGAUCAUUAUGUUGCUGCAAUGUUGUAAAAAAUGGACACACCUGAAAAUGUGCACCUAGCUGCUUAUAACAAGGGGAAUGAUUAUUUGCAUAGUCCUCGCCAGUCGUCACAAGACACAAAGGAGGGUUCAUGCCUUGGCAAUAUCACAAUUCACACAAUCCUGCCUGAUUGCUUAAUCACUCGUUUUUCGUUGGCAGGCGCGUGUGGCCACGCCUUCUAGCGAUCCCAACACGAUCAACUUACAUCAUUACAUAAUUCUUGAUUGGUCUCCUGUUGCUGCAGGAGCACAGAAACUUCCUGCAUCUGCAUGGAAGGGCAUGGUACGAACCAUAAUUAUGAGGUAGGGUCGGAAAAUGGUACCCAGUGUCACGUGCCUUCGAUGCCACGUUGAUCUGUUGAUGCAGAGCUAGCCGUGGUACUGGUAGCGCUGUCUAGAGCCAAAAAUCGGCAGCUGCAUAUGCAGUGACAUUGCGCUGCUUUUUGUGUCAUGUUGCUCAUUAAAUUUCUAGCGUAACUGAUGCUUCGCAUUUGGCAAGCCGGUGCAACACAUCACACAUGAAGCUGCAAAUUGAUAAGCUCCGACCGACCUGCCACUUCUUUUGUAGUUUUGUUGUCUGUUGACGACGUACAGCUGAGAACGGCUGCGCUCGUCGUGCGGGCCUGAAAGAAUAAAUGCAAACCUGAGGCAAAUCCUGUUUCGACGAACGGCGCCCUGUAAUAUUUCAGAUAUUCAUGAGUGUUUUUUUAUUGCGAGAAGGCGCAUAUCGGCA